CAGAAUUGGAAUAGCUUCAUCCUCUAACCUUCGCUUUUCCCUGCUCAUCAAAUCUUUCUCUCUUCUUCCUAAAGCAAUUAAUACUUUAUAAUCAUGUCUUCUCCCCCAAUUCCAUUUUCACUUAUUGAGAGUGAUCACUCUGCAUAGAGAGAAACGAUGUCGGAUUGGGGACCAGUGUUCGUUGCAGUGGUGCUAUUUAUAAUUUUAACUCCAGGUUUGCUGAUUCAGAUCCCAGGUCGUCACCGAUUCAUCGAGUUCGGAAACUUUCAGACGAGUGGAGUUUCCAUACUGGUUCACUCUAUUCUUUAUUUUUCUCUGAUUUGUAUCUUCUUGUUAGCUGUUGGAGUGCACAUGUAUAUUGGUUCAUAGCCCCUCUUCAAUUUCUUCCACUGUAAUCUGCCUUCAUGUUUGGAAUUUAAUUUCUUGUCUACCAAAUCUCAGGAUUUGUGCUGGUACUAUAAAUUUGCUGUAAGAAUCAAACGUAGGGAUGAUUGUGAUAAUCACUGGUUUUAUGUACUCAAUUUAAUCAAUUUAUCUCAUGCAGUUUUGAGAAA